AGAGGACGCGGUCACAUGACAGUAAAAAUGGCUGCUGUUCAGUGGCACUCGCGUCUACGCAAGUACUCCGCGGAGCUGCAGGCGUGUCGCGCCGAGUCGGUGGCGGUGGAAGGCAGCGAGCAUCACCCGCUCAAACCCAUCAUGGUGACGGAGGCGCGUGGGUCUCGGGCGCGUGGGGCUCGGCGGGGCAGCACCUCCUCCACCACCUCCUCCUCCUCCUCCAGCUCCAUAGCAACGGACCCACUCAGCUCCCUAUUGGACGGAACCGACCCACUGAGCCUGUUCGCCGCCUCCAGCGACACACACCCCCUCACACACAGCGCGUCUGCAGGGGAGCUGGGGAGGAGGCGAGGUGAGCGGGAGGAGGAGUGUGUGGGUGUGGACUUUGAGCCGUGGUCGAGCAAACGUGCCGAGAUCCUCACACGCUACACCACCACGGAGAAGCUGUCCAUCAAUCUCUUCAUGGGCUCAGAUAAAGGAAAGGCCACCAGUCCUAGUUCAGCAGUCUCUGAGAAGGUGCGGACUCGUCUGGAGGAGUUAGAUGAUCUGGAGGAGGGCUCCCAGAGGGAGCUGCUGAAUCUGUCUCAGCAGGACUAUGUGAACCGCAUUGAGGAGCUGAAUCAGUCGCUCAAGGAGGCCUGGAGCUCUGACCAGAAGGUUAAAGCACUCAAGAUAGUCAUCCAGUGUUCUAAGUUGCUGUCAGACACUGCAGUGAUCCAGUUCUACCCCAGCAAGUUUGUGCUCAUCACAGACAUCCUGGACACCUUCGGCCGUCUGGUGUACGAGAGAAUCUGGACCAUGUGCUCUGACCCUACUCCUCCACCAGAGGGCUUCUCCCCAGAGGAUGUGAAUGACACAGCCAAAGAGACCUGCCUCAACUGGUUCUUCAAGAUCGCGUCCAUCAGAGAACUCAUACCCCGCCUAUAUGUUGAGGCGGCCAUCCUGAAAUGCAAUCGGUUCCUGUCCAGAUCGGGGAUCCAGGAGACGCUGCCGCGCUUGACCGCUAUGAUCCGGGGGAUCGGAGACCCUCUAGUGGCCGUCUACGCCCGAGCCUACCUGUGCAGGGUGGGGAUGGAGGUGGCUCCUCAGCUGAAGGACUGUCUGAAUAAGAACUUCUUUGACCUGCUGGCGUCCUUUCGUCAUCUCCACGGCGACAGUGUCCAGAGUCAACUGCUGCUGCAACGCGUCGAGAUCCCCGUCUACCUGACCCUCUACUCACCUGCCAUCCACUGGAUCCUGCAGUGUGUGUCCUACAGGGCCCCAGAGGCCCUGCUGCUGGAGAUGAUGGAGAGAUGUAAGAAACUGGGCAACAAUGCUCUGCUGUUGAACUCAGUGAUGUGGGCAUUCCGGGCGGAGUUUAUCGCUACCAGGGCGACGGACUUCAUCACCAUGAUCAAACAGUGUGACGAGGCUGGAUUCCCAAAACAUCUGCUGUUCGGCUCUUUGGGGCGGAGUCUGGCGUCUGCGGACCCUCCGGAGGCCGAGCGGCUCUCCAUCCUGAACGACGCCUGGAAGGUUAUCACCAAGAUCCGCAGCCCACAGGAUUAUAUCAACUGUGCAGAGAUCUGGGUGGAGUUCACCUGCCGACACUUCACUAAACGAGAGGUCAAUGCUGUGCUAGCUGACAUCAUCAAACACAUGACCCCAGACCGAGCCUUUGAGGACGCAUACCCACAGCUCCAGUCUGUGAUCAGAAAGAUCCUGACGUACUUCCAUGACUUCUCCGUUCUCUUCUCCAUGGAGCGCUUCCUGCCGUUCCUGGACAUGUUCCAGAAGGACAGUGUGAGAGUGGAGGUGUGUCGCUCCAUCAUGGAGGUCUUCAUCAAGCAUCAACAGGAGGCCACUCGUGAUCCUGUGAUCCUGAACGCACUACUGCACGUGUGCAAGACUAUGCACGACUCUGUCAAUUCCCUGACCUUGGAGGAUGAGAAGCGAUCUCUGGCUCUGCUCAUCAACGGCUUCAUACGCUUGGUGUCGUUUGGUCGUGACUUUGAACAGCAGCUGAGUUUCUGUGUGGAGGCCAGAGCAACCUUCUGUAACCUGGAGCCAGUCAUCAUCCAACUCAUACACACGGUGAACCAGCUCGCCAUGGAAACGCGGCGUGUGAUGAAGGGGAACCACUCCCGGAAAACGGCGGCCUUUGUGCGGGCGUGUGCUGCCUACAGCUUCAUCACCAUCCCGUCUCUGACCAGCAUCUUCAGUCGUCUGAACCUUUACCUGCUCUCAGGACAGGUGGCGCUGGCCAACCAGUGCCUUUCCCAGGCGGAUGCGUUCCUGAAGGCGGCGGUGAGUGUGCUGCCGGAGGUUCCACGCAGCAUCGUGGUGGAGGGCAAACAGAGAUGCUCCGAGAGCCUGCUGCUCGACUUCAUCAACAACUUCAUCUCCACACUCCUCGUAGUGCCGGAUCACCCAGAGCAGGGCGUGUUGUACCUGGUGCGCGGGCUGUUGAACAUGGUGCAGGACUACACCUGGGAGGAGAACAGCAGCGCUAAAGUGCGAGUCUACAUCAGCGCCGUCCCCCUGCUGGCAGCUAUGAGCCAAGACACCUACUUAUACACCAUCCCUAAAGUGGACUCUAAUGAGACGCUGUAUGGGGGGGACCCCAAGUUUACGGCCGAGAUCAACAAGCUGUGCGACACUCUGAUUGGACAAGUGCUGGACCACCUCAAAGCCCUCGGCAACGGAGAGGGUCUGCGUAAGCAGAGUUCUCUGGCCUUCAGUCUGUUCGGCGCUCUGUUGGCUCACGGUGACCUGCGCAGCAACAAGCUCAACCAGCUGGCCGUCAACCUGUGGAGCCUCAGCCACAAGCACGGACACAGCGACGCCCGCACCUCGGUGCGUACCCUGGAGCACAUUAAGUACCUGGCGCAGCAGCCCGAGCUCACUCACCUGGGAGAGAUCAUCCCACGCCUCGCCCUGCAGUCACGGGCAUGAACACACACACACACACACACACACACACACACACACACACACUCACACACACACACACACACACUCACACACACACACACACACACACACACACUCACACACACACACACUCACGCUCUCUCACACUCUCACACACACACACACACACCUGGGAGAGAUCAUCCCCCGCCUCGCCCUGCAGUCACGG